AACGUUGCCUUCUCGGCGACGUCACCUGGAAACGGUGACGUUAAUGGAACGGUUGGUAACGUCACAAUUACUAAAUAUGGAGGAAUGCGAAUCCAAACGAAACACUCGCAUAAUAAAGAUAUUUCUCCUUCAAGAACUUGAAAGCGAUGAGAUGAAUGUUUGUGACGACGAAGUUACGCCAGAGGUUAUACGUCAUCUAUUGUCAGAAAAAAGAAUAAGCCGACAGCGUAUUUCUGAUUAUUUCAACGUAACAAUACCAGGAUACUCCCCAGAUGAGUUUUCCUCGCAUUUUCGAAUGCGAAGAGAGACUUUUGAGGAAGUCUGUUGACAGAUACUGUCAACAGGCCACAUCCCAAAAGAACAUGUUCAUGGCAGAGAAAUCAUUGAACCUUCUAAACAAAUAAUGAUUUCUAUAUGGAUGCUGGCCAACAUGGAAGGGUACAGACAAAUAAGUGACAGGUUUAACGUCACAUAUUCCUCCGUGUACAGAUGCUUCAUGCGGACAUGUACCGCUUUACAAUGCCUGUCUGUAGAAAAAAUCAAGUGGCCUACUGGAGCUAGGGCAAAUGAAGUCAUUGAAGGCUUUGAAAACCUCAUGGGUUUCCCUCGAGUUUUAGGGGCUGUCGACGGAUGUCACAUUCAGAUAAAAGCUCCACAAGAAAAAUACCAUCCCAUGUCUUAUCUGAAUAGGAAACGGGACUAUUCGGUUAUUUUACAGGCAGUGUGUGAUCAUACUUUGCGGUUCACGGACAUUAUAUCCGGAUGGCCUGGUUCUGUACAUGAUGCAAGGGUCUUCAAAAAUUCACCCCUUUAUGAAGCCAACGAAAACCUCUUUCCUGGCGAUACACAUAUUGUUGGAGAUGCAGCAUAUCCACUGCAAAGGUUAUUAAAAUCAACAUUCAUUUAAAGAAACGGGCAGAUUAUACUCUUUAUGUCCCUGGAUCGAAAGAUCCUGGGGUAUAGUGUUUUUGUCUGUCUGUAGUUAACGUUAACCUAGCCCAUAAUCUAUUGAGUGGGUAGGGCUAUGGCUUUCAUAUUUCACAGGUGUAUUCCCUUUGACAAGACCAAAUUUGACUUCUUGACCUUGGAAUUCGACCUACUUCUACAAAAAAAGAUAAUACUCUUUAACCUUAGCCAUAACUUUUGAACAGUACAAGCUAUGACUUUCAUCUGGUAUAAAUAUUUUUACCUUUUGACCUUCACCUAAGAGUAUGACCCAUUUUUAAUACUUCAACCUUGGUCAUAACUUUUGAACAGCUAGAAU